AUGUCUAAUGGUCAAUGGGAAGUUGUCGGUAAAAAUAAGAAGUCUCAGAAUGGAAAGAUGAAAAGUACUAAUGAUGAGAAAAAGACUAGUAAACAGGGGCCGAAAUUAGAAGAUUUGGUUCCGGCCUCGCAAAUAAAGUCCUAUUAUUCAGGGAUGGAAAUCGAUGAUACGAAAAGACCGAAGGAUAAAAAGAAAGAAGGAGAAAAGAAGCCUAAAAAACAAGAUAAAAAGGAGCCAUCAAAACCUAAGCCACCCAAAACAAUUGAAGAUGCCUUAGAAGCAAUUGAUGCCACAGAGCUCAACAAUCUCAUAACAACAAAUAAACUUAGAUUUUCAAAUGCUCCUUUAGUUUGGUUAAAGGAAAUAUCAAAUUUCCUCAAUUCAAAAAUUCCUAUAGAUGUUGAUGAUCCUACAUUUACUAACUACCCUCCUACUUACCCAGUCAAUGUUAUACCUAAAGAUAUUAAAACGAGUCUAGAUAAUGUAUUACGAGAUGCAGGGAAAGCAAACAUUCAACUGUUUUUUGAUGUUAGUCUAACAGCUCUCACUAAUGAUAUGAGCCGUGGACAGGUUGUAAAUGGACAUAGACUUUUCCUACAGUUAAUAGCUUUAGAAUAUCCCGAUUUCUGUAUCACCUCUUUGUCCAAGAGUGUGAGUCUGAGAAACUCCUAUCAGAAUCGUCCACCUAUUGGUUUGUCACUUCUGUGGGCUUUGGGCCAGGGUGGAUAUAACAACUUUGCGGUUGGGAUGAAAGUUUGGCAAGAUAUAUUCUUCCCAAUAAUUGAACUGAAGAAUUACACAAAGUACAUCAUCUCGUAUUUGUCUAAGCAUUUGGAUAGACACGCAAGAAUGGAUGCUACUAAAGUUAGCCAGGAGCAAUUGCUGACAAUGUUUGAUACAAUCAAUAGUAAGAAAAAUGGACUGUCUAGAGAAUUGUCAAGUGACCUUAUCAAACAAUUAAUUAAGUAUAAGGAUAUUUACUUCAGUAAGAGUGGCAACAAACUCCAAGUGACCUUCAAUCAACUUAUGAAAAAACUGCCAAACCAAUACCUCAGUGGUGCAAACCUGGAUAACUAUAAUCAAGUGAUAGUUGAAAGCCUUAUUGACUGCUUAGCUCUAGAUGACUCCUGUAAUGCGACGUGGCGACAAUUAUUCAGUCGAUGCAGCAAACAGAGUGCCAGUUUGAUUGAGUAUAUAGACACAAAUUGGGCUGCUGUUAGUCCUCGGCUAAAGCAGAAGUCGCUGAAGUUGACGAUAACUCAAUUUAAGGAAGUGUGUGGUGAAACAUUGAAGGGCAAAAAGAAAGAUGAGACUGUAGUUAAAGCAAACAAAAUUUGCCAGCUCCAGAUAAAAUCCCAUUGCGUCUUUAAAGUUAAGGAUAUUCUAGAAAGAAUGACAAGUACUAGAAGAUUCCCUUGGCUAUGGGCAAUUUUCAUCCUAUUUAUCAGUACCGCUGGUCUUAUAUCUUAUGAUGUAUCUCGAGUAAAUGGAAACUUCCCCAAAAGUGCAACUGGCCAACUUUUAAAUGACUUGGGUCUCUUAGAGCACAGUCAAACAGCAUGGCAAAAGACAUUAUCCACAUCUGCUCGAGGCUACAUCUGGCUUGAGGCAAAUGUACCUAUUUAUUACAUGCAAGCUGCCGAGUUCUCAAAACCCUAUGUGCAGCUUUCUAAAGAUCUUUACACUAUUGCAAUUAAAAAAUCCGGAAUUGCAUACAGUAAUGUGAAGGAUUAUGUUAUUGAGAAGACACCUGUUGUGGUCGCAACUAUCGACCAGUAUAUGCCUGGUGCUGUGGAAACUGUUCAAAUGUAUUUCACAACCGGAGUUGACACAAUGAAAAAGUAUUCAAAUCAAUAUUACCAAGCUGCUGUUGAAUACCUAACAACAAAAGUUUUUGUAGGCGAAUGGGCGCCAGAGAUACUACAGAACAAAACGCAGAUAGCACUGAAUGCUACUAAAUCGCAUGUCAACGAUUACUUGCAUUGGUUCCACAAGCAAGUGCACACAUACUCCAAGAUUCCGUGA